CCUCCUCCCUGUGCUCCUAGGACGCAUCUGGCGAUCUAGGGUCCUGUCGCACCCCUCUGCAGCCCGGCUGCCCUAUGUGUACUCCGCAGCUGCUCCUGCUGACGGUGGUGGUCCUGAUGCUUCCUGAUGCAGCCAGACCUCAGCCCUCCUCCCCAGCCCAGGCUCUGCCCACCUCCUCGGCCCUGGGGCCAGUGACGCCCGAAGUGGCGACUGCAGCUACUCCGGACUGGUCUGAGGACCCUACUCCUGGGACCCCAUCGGUGCCCGAGAACGCAACUUCAGACUCCUUCCCAGCCUUGCCGAUCUGUAUUUGUGACUUGACUCCUGAUACUUGCGAUUUAAACUGCUGCUGUGACAAGGACUGCGAUCUUCUCCAUCCCAGGACAGUCUUUUCCUUCUGCCUUCCUGGUAGUGUAAGAUCCUCCAGCUGGGUAUGUGUCGACCACUCUCUUAUCUUCAGGAGCAACUCCCCAUUUCCUUCCAGAGUUCUCACGGAUUCCAGUGGAAUUGCACAGUUUUGUGUCCGUGUGAACAACUCAAAAUUAAACUAUUUCCAGAAGCUCCAAACAGUCAAUGCAACCAACUUUGAGGCCCUCGCUGCAGAGUUCGGAGGCCAGUCCCUUGCUUCGACAUCGGAAACCCAGCCACCGUCACCGUUUUACAGGGCUGGGGAUCCCAUCCUGAUUUACUACCCCAGCUGGUCUGUAGUGAGUUCGCUGAGGCAGCCUGCAGCAGUGGGAGCUGGCGGACUUUGUACUGAGAGCAGUCCUGCAGGCUUCCUAGAGAGUAAAAGCACAACAUGCACCCGUUUCUUCAGGGACCUGGCCAGUAGCUGCACCUCGGAGCCAGCCCUGGAUGCUGCCACUUACUAUAACUUCAUGGUCUUGAAGGUCCCAAGAGGAAUGACUGACCUUCAGAAUGCACAGCUCCAGGUUCCGGUAACACUUGCCUCAGAAAUCAGUCCUCCUCUGCUGGCUGGAAACACGUGUCAGAAUAUAGUUUCCCAGGUCCUCUAUGACAUAGAGACCAAUGGGACCUUCGGGAUCCAGAAAGUCUCUGUCAGCUUUCGACAGACCAACCUGACUGUCAGGCCAGGCGUUUCCUUACAACAAGACUUCACCAUUCACUUUAGGGCAUUAGGACAACACAUGGCUGCUCUUCCUGCUGGUCCCAGAAGUGGGAAUCCUGGCUACCUCAUCGGGAAGCCACUUUUGGCGCUGACUGGUGACUUGGGUCACUCGAUGACCCUGUUGCAGAGCGAGGGUAGUGGAAUUUGCUCUGUUAAGAGACAAGAAGUACAGUUUGGGGUGAACACAGUAUCUGGAUGCAAGUUCAGACCCAAUGAGGUGAACUGCAGCCAUUUGCAGGAGGAGAUUUAUCAGGCUCUUCAUGGAAGGCCCAGACCAGAGCACGUUGCCAUCUUUGGUAACGCUGACCCAGCCCAGAAAGGAGGGUGGACCAGGAUCCUCAGCAGGAACUGCAGUGUUACAGCUGCUAACGGCUCUUCCUGCUGUCUCAUACCAGUUUCCCUGGAGAUCCAGGUGUUGUGGGCACAUAUAGGACUUCAGUCCAACCCACAAGCGCAUGUGGCAGGAGCCCGGUUCCUGUACCAAUGCAAGUCUGUACAGGAGCACCAGAGAGGAAUAGAAGUACCUUUGACAACUCUUGUGAACUUUGUGGACAUUACUCAGAAGCCAGAACCACCAAGGGAUCAACCUCAAACAGACUGGAAGCUGCCGUUUGAUUUCUUCUUUCCUUUCAAAGUGGCAUUCAGCAGAGGGGUCAGGGCUCAGGACUCAGCCUCCCCUGUGCUCGUCCUGUGCAUCUUUCUACUCGGGGUUCUCAGCUCACAGACUAGGUGAAGAGAGAGCGAUCAGGUUUCAUUUUUCCCUAUGGGAAAUUCUAAGGCAGCCUGCUUGUCUUGGCUAAAGAGGUCCUUGCUUUCUCAUGAUUACAGGAGGGCAUUUAGGGAAGCAGAACCUAACUAAAGGAAAAAUUUCCCUCAUUUUCUCACUGUGUAACCUUGACUGGCCUGGAACUCCCAAUGUGGACCAAGGCUGGACUCAAACUCAUAGAGAUCCCCUGCCUCUGCCUCCCAAGUGCUGGGAUUAAAGGCACACGCCACCACCAUGCCCAGCCAGGAAUCUUUAUAAGUUGAAGAUGUAUUCUAAAAAUUCAAUUAAAAAUACUCCAUCAUCGUAACACUCUGCUUAGGGCUCCAUAGGCCUCCAGGUAGACACUGGGUUCUCUGAUUCUCAAGCCUGGCAGUCCCCAGUCUCCGUCUCUUCACGCCGUGUUCUGUCUGAAUGUGUGCAGCAUCUCCGCUGCUCUCAGACCCAUGUUCCUGCUGUUACCCAGAGUCACCUCAGCAGGGCUGACCGUUCAAGCCAGGAAACUGCUGGCUCUAUAUCUUGUCUGGCUCUUUUGCCAAAGUGCGGCCACACCCCUUGCCCAGACCUGAGGUAGGAAAAUCCUUCUUUCUAUUCAUUUUCCAAAAUGGAUGGAAUCCCAUCUUCUCACUAGCAAAUGGCCGCACCGUUCCGUUCUGUCUUGGUGGUGUGGAGAAAUACAAGCGGCUGAGACUCUGUUCUGCUAAGUGGCAUCGUGGCAGAAGUUGACAUUCUGUGAUACACCGUGUAUGAGGUUUAAAGGGGAGUUAGGACUCUAAACUGUACAGUAGUAUUCAAAUCAGGGGUCUUGUGUUUUUCCUAGGGAGAUACUCCCCUUCACUCCAAGUUUAUGCCCAUGGCAUCUAUUACAAAUAUGUUUAAGGGUAAGUCUUUGGUGGUUUGCACAGAGUCCUCACUGCCUGGCCAGUUCACAGAUAGUAACAUGCAGAGAGCUUUCUUGAAGACAUAGUUUCUUAUUCUUCUUGAGUGAAGACAAAUUGGUUGAGAAUUAAUAGUAAAAUAUUUGAAACUUAAAGACUCAUACUGUCCUUUUAAUUAAGAAAAGUUUUGAGGGAAUAAAUGCCAUUAUAUAUAAUUAUCUUAAACAUCAAGCAUUUGACAUUAAACAUUAACAUGAAGAGUAACUCCAGUGAAACAUGCAGUCCUCACCAUCUGCCUCUGCGUGGUGUGUGCCCCUGGAUACACGUUUGUCUGGAGAGAGACAGUCAACAUGGCUUUCGCCUCAUAAUGAGGUUGGCAGAAACAUCAAAAUCUACGGGCCUGGGAAAGUGAAUGGGAGCGGGGAAGUGACCCGGGAGGCCCAGGUGUUUCCAGGGACUAAACUUACCGGAGGAAAAUUACAGAACGGAUGAAACAGAUGGAGGCUCCCCUGUGGGAAUCUGAAAGCCAGGCAGAGAGGAUUCAAAGUUUUCUGUUCUACCAUGUAUUAGUGCUUUGAAACCCAAAUUGUCUUUUAAUAAAACUGUUUCGUCCCUGCUUCAGGAGAGAAAAUCAGGUUAUUAUACCCCAUCUCAACUGUCAUAGUAAAUAACCAGUUUCUCUGAAGGAGGCCAAAGUCUCACAGCAGUUACUGCUAAGGGCAGGCAGGAACUUGGGGCGCUGGCAGCACAGUCCCCCACAGAGUCUGGUACAUAGGGGUUAUCUACCUAAGCAGCCUUGGCUCCCAGACAUGGUCACUCUGACCACUAUGUAUUAGAGAACUUAAAAGUUAAUAAUCCUAAAUUGUGGGCUAGCCGAUACUUGGAGCUAGCUACUGAUUCUUUCCGGAAUCAGUCCCCCAUUCUGUUCUCCUUUCUGCAGGUGUUUAUUCCUAUGCCCAAGUGUCACUGGAAGUUUCUUUUCUUCAGGCUCAUUACUAACUAGCUCUUACAACUUAACCCAUUUCUAUUAUUCUACAUUUUACCACAAGGUUUGUGGCUUGUUACCUCACAUCUUGCUUCUCUGGUGGCUGCUGAUAUCUCCCUCACUCUGCCGUCUUUCUCCCUAUCUCUCUGCUUGGAUUUCCUGCCUGGCUCUAUUCUGCCUGGCAUUGGCCAAAUCAGCUUAUUUAUUAACCAGUGAUAAUAAAACAUAUUCACAGCUUAUAGAGAGACAUCCCACAUCACCCAAGACUAUGAAACUAGUCUGUUCUUAAAAUGCCUAACUAAAAUGGAACCUUCUAAAAUUUCUUUUAGGUUUAUUUUAUGUGUUUGAGUUUUUGCUUGCAUGUAUUCUCUAUACCACACACAUGCCUGAGGAUGAUGGUUGUGAACGCCAUGUGGCAUUUAGCCACUGAGCCUCUCAUGACCUAUUUUUAAGUGACCAAAACAAAUUCCAAAAUAUCACAGAUACUCUAUAGUUCUAUUUUUUAAAAUAGAAAUGUUCAUAUAUGUGUGAAUGGGAAACAAAACUUAAAUGACUACAUGUCAAAAAUAAAGUUUUUUAAAAUGA